AUGGCGGAUAGCGAAUAUCAACUAGAAUUGAUACCGGUAUACUUUUAUGUUGGAAUAACAAUGUUCAUAAGUAUUCUAGGCAACGGUGUCACUUGUUUUAUAUUCGGCUAUAAAUUACGACAAACUGUCACCAGAAAUUUUAUUUUCACUCUCGCCAUGUUGGAUCUGGUAUCAUCAUUGAUUUGUAUGCCGUCUGAGGUUUAUUUCUUAGCAACCAUUACAUCUUUCCACAACCCAGAACUGUGCAAAUUCUUUCGUUACAUAACAUAUGUCUUUCAUUCUUCAACAUCUUUAAUUUUAUUAGCGAUUGCCUGGGACAGGUUUUAUAAAGUUUGUCGUCCGUUAAAAGUAUUUUUCAAUGUUCGUAGAUCGCGAUGGUAUUGUGCGUGCAGUAUUGGAGCAUCUGUAUUCAUUGCUGGACCUUCUAUUUUGUUAUAUGGAACGAAAACAUUGCCUGACCACCAUGGCACCACGUGUUCUGUCGAUGACGAAAUGGAACCGACCGUGUGGCCGUUUAUUUUCUAUUUCACCUAUGCAAUGUUUUUUGCUGCCAUUGCAGUCGCCAUGGUCGUUUUAUAUUCUUUUGUGAUUAAAGAAGUCAGAAAACUGAAAAAGAAUCACGAAACUCGAAAAAGUCGUGUAAAAGAUGAACUCAAAUUAAAUAAAUAUGCCGAUGACCAGUCCAAGAAUUCGAGGGAAAGUUGUGAGGCAGAUGAUAAGGCUCAAGACGAACCUAAACCCACGAAAUAUUCACCGCUGAUACAAUCGUCCCAGUCCGACUCUGGAAUAUUGGUUCCACAUAAUGACGGACAAACUAAAAAGAUCGCAAUCGUAAUUCCAAAAAUCAGUGUUCAAGAUUUCGGACCGGAAUUGCCAAAUGAGUCAACUCCGAAAGUUCCUCUGGUGAUCAACGGGAAAGCAGUUCACCAUCUACAAAUCCACAAUAAACAUGUUGAUAAUUUACGAGCUGAAGAAGCUAGUUUCGAAUCUGAAAUCACUUCCGGUCAUGGUACUUUGACUGAUUCAGACGACGAGCGCAAUGAGGAACAGACAAUUCCACGUGAAUCUACAUUAAGAAAAGUGUUUACUAAGAAAAGAGAUAAAUGGAGCGACGAGAAACCGGAAGUAAAGCCAGAAAUGAAACCGAGUUACAAAAGACAAAGAUCUAUUGCAUAUAAACCCGGGAAAACAACGCGCAUGCUCCUUGCAGUAACGUUGUGUUUUGUGUUCAGUUUCCUCCCCUUCUUUAUAGUCGUCAUUAUAAGAUCUCAUCUGAAAGACGCAUUUUAUACUUCAAUGAACGAUUUUCAGUCAGUGUUAACCAGUAUCUUUAUCCGCUCUUAUUUAGUGAGUAAUGCUGUUAAUCCCAUAAUUUAUGGAAUAUUGAACACCCAUUUCAGACAGGAAGUGACGAAACUGAUGCGUGGAAAAUGCGCCAAAUCCCAUUCCAAAAGGCGAUUUACUUUCAAGAUGAGUUCUGAAUGUAUUGCUGAACGUGAAAAAUAG